CGUAUCCACGACAACUGACCUCGGUUCUCCUUCCCCCUCUCAACUUUGUACUGACGCGUGACGUCAUGCUGUAAAGCUUCAUGCUGCGGGGAUUUAGGACGUUGCUGUCACGCGCCGUUUGCCCCAAUCAGCCGUUUCCGGUGGCCCGAGCAGCCGGUGGCCGGACUGGAAGUGACGUCAUGGAUUUAGGGUCGAUGCGGAAGAGUUACCGGAGUGAUGAAGAGGCAUUUGAAGAAAGCCACCUAGCUUCCCUUGAUCCAAUUAUUCAGUUUAAUUCCUGGUUCCAAGAGGUCGCUCAAUGUUCAGGCAUUGCAGAGCCAAAUGCAAUGUGUCUGGCCACAGCCACCAGGGAUGGGAAACCGUCAGCCCGCAUGGUCCUCCUGAAAGGAUUUGGUUCCGAUGGCUUUCGAUUUUACACAAACAGAGGGAGUAGGAAAGGAAUAGAGCUGGAAGAAAACCCUGUUGCCUCUCUUCUCUUUUUCUGGGAGCCCUUGAAUCGACAGGUUCGGAUUGAGGGUUCUGUGGAGCAGCUUUCAGAUGAGGAAUCUAACAAAUAUUUUCACUCUCGUCCCAAAAGUAGCCAGAUUGGAGCAGCUGUGAGCAGACAGAGUCAAGUUAUUCCAGACAGAGAGUAUCUGCGCACAAAGAAUGCUGAGCUAGAGGAAGAGUACAAGGAGAAAGAGGUGCCCAGACCUCCUGAGUGGGGAGGAUACAUUAUUCGCCCAUCUGUGAUGGAAUUUUGGCAGGGACAGACCAAUCGUCUGCAUGAUCGUAUUGUUUUUCGCCGCCAAAACGGAGAAGAGCACAGUCCCUGGACACACAAAGGGGAAGGGGGUUGGGUUUAUGAGCGUCUUGCUCCAUAAUGUCAUGGAUACAUAAGUUAUUCUACUUAUUCCAUUGAUGACCAUUUUGAGAGAUUCCACUGUGCCCAUCGCUGAUGUGUCUACCUCGAAAUGAUUGUGUUUGAUUGUCCUGUACAGUGAAUAUACACCUAUCAACUCCUCUGUGGGCUGAGUCUUGGUGGUGCCUCACGUGAUGUGAGCCAAUGUGCCAUAACCACCAUUGUACGUGACAUUGGCCCUGUAUCUCCACCCUCAUAUUGUGCCGUUGAGAAUGUACUUUAAACUGACAUGGUGUAAUUAGAUGUUAUGGUAUGUGAAUGGAUACAUGCAAUCAGUUUAUAUAGGGAACAGAUAUCUAAAAGAUAAAGGUUAUAUUGAAUAAGCUUUGGUAAACCAACUGUUAAAAAAAACACUUGUCACAUAGAGGAACUUGUUAAAAUAAAUGGAGAACACAAUAUUGUGUGUUGCCUUUCUAUUAUUUUUUUUACCUUUGAACAGAAUGUGCUCUGGCUUGUAAUAGCUUAUAUAUUAACAUUACUUCAGCGGUGCAGAACUAUAACUCUCUUCAUGUUUUUGAAGUUUUAAGGCCAGCAAAGAAUCAUGGGUGUUGUAGUUCUAUAAUAGGUGAGCAUGCAUAGCAUUAUUUUUAGCCACUAUGGUGUACUGAUAUAACAAGGUACACAACAUUUAAGGGAUACCCCACAUCAUCAUGGUCAUUCACUCAAUUGAGAGUUUAAAGUGGCUUU